CUCCGGCGUCAUGAUUCUGCAGACUAGUUUAUCACAGUUCUGACUUCUGCUUUAGUUCAGUGUGUGACAGGAGUCGGUUCAGAUGACUCAGAAUGACUGUGAGGAAACUCGCGCUGUGUUUUCUGCUCGUUUCUGUCGCCCGUGUCGCGGCCAAACCGCCGAAUAUCGUGUUGAUUUUGGCGGAUGAUUUCGGCUGGAAUGAUGUGGGCUACCACGGCUCUGAGAUCCGGACUCCUCAUCUGGACCGCCUGUCCGAGCGCGGGGUUCGGCUGGAGAAUUACUACGUGCAGCCGCUGUGCACUCCGUCCCGGAACCAGCUGAUGACCGGCCGCUACCAGAUUCACACGGGUCUGCAGCACCAGAUCAUCUGGCCGUGUCAGCCGUACUGUGUUCCUCUGGACGAGACGCUGCUGCCCGAGCUCCUGCGGGACGCCGGAUACCACACACACAUGGUGGGCAAGUGGCAUCUGGGCAUGUUCAGGAAGGCCUGUCUGCCCACGCGCCGAGGAUUCAACAGCUUCUUCGGCUACCUGACGGGUUCAGAGGACUACUUCAAUCAUACCAGGUGCAGUUUCAUCGCUCCUCUGAACGUGACACGCUGCGCUCUGGACCUGCGUGACGGCGAGGACGUGGCUGUGAAUUACACGGGACUCUACUCCACUGAACUCUUCACCCAGAGAGCCACGGACAUCAUCACACGACACACACCUGAGAAACCGUUGUUCCUGUAUGUGGCGCUGCAGGCGGUUCACGGCCCCCUGCAGGUCCCCGAGCGCUACGUCAGCCCCUACAGCUUCAUCAAGGACCAGCGGCGGCGCGAGUACGCAGGGAUGGUGUCAGCCAUGGAUGAGGCUGUGGGGAACAUCAGCCGAGCGCUGCAGGACUCGGGGCUCUGGAACAACACCGUCCUCAUUUUCUCAACAGAUAACGGCGGUCAGACCCUGACGGGAGGAAAUAACUGGCCUCUGCGUGGCAGGAAGUGGACGCUCUGGGAGGGCGGAGUCAGGGGCGUGGCCUUUGUGAGCGGCCCACUCAUAGAGCAGCCGGGAGCUGUCAGUCGAGAGCUCAUCCACGUCUCUGAUUGGCUGCCUACGAUUGUGGGUCUGGCCGGGGCGUCGACAAACGGAACCAAACCUCUGGACGGGUUCGACGUGUGGGACGCUAUCAGGUGAGAGUGAGCUACUCUUCAUCACCAUCAUCAUCAUCAUCAUCAUCAUCAUCAUAGAUCCCCCUGGGUUUAAUUCACACCG